UUUCGCAUUUUGUUGUUUGUUUGAGUUUGUCUGAGCGUCGAUCGUCGUGCGGAUCCCGUCGCACCGUAUCCCGCCGUAAUUUACGCGAAUCGAAUGAAUCCGGUCCGAUGUUAAUAAUAUUAUGAAUAAAAUCGCCGCGACUAUUCAGUAUCCCGAUCGUUUUUCGGCUAAAUUUGUUGGACUUUACUGUGGAUUAUUGUUAUUGGUUGUUGUUGGUAGUGGCGACCGUAGGAUUUGCUACAGGUGGUUCGACGACAGUUUCAGGCAAUCACCCAGGAGCCCCAUCACCUCCAAAGAACUCAGGCAGGCGUAGCCCCCAUCUCCGGCCUCAGUUCCAUUGACUAUUAUUAGACUCUGUUAGUGAGAGAAAAGUAACCGUAUACCGAUACCUGAUAAAACAAAACAAGAAGCAUUCUGUGAUUUUUUUUGCUUAGCUUAUAAAGUAGACUUACAGUGAUAUUAAACCUUAGUUAACGAACAUGCACAAUUUAAACGUGAACUUGGCGGUUACCGCCGCCUCGGCCGCCAGCACCUUAUUGGUCGAGAGCGGGGGAACCACCCCGAGAACCCCGGAGAUCUUAAACUCGCUGAUCGCGAUGACGAACCCUUUGGACAACUAUCAAUUCGGCGAUGACGCGCCUAAGAUCGUUAGCGACGUACCGGCGGCCGCUAGUAACACCAGUACUAGUAGCGAUAGUAAUAGCUCCAGUAGUAGUCAGGUGGAGUCUCCAGUAGGGAACAACCCUCCGUCCGUGCAGCACACCUGCUCGCAACUGAUCAAGGCUGGACUCAAACUCACCAUCGAGCAGAAACGGAAGCAGAACGUCCAUCAGCAGGCGGGUAGUGACGGCGAUGACUUCCUCGACCUCGACACCGUUAGCAGGAAGAGGUUUAAGAGGAACAUCGAGUGUAGCGAGAGUGAGGAGGACAAGAUCAAGCGGGAACCAAGCGGAUUGACGCCCGAAGACGAAGAACGACGCCGACGCCGACGUGAACGAAACAAAAUCGCGGCGACCAAGUGUCGCCUGAAGAAACGCGAACGCACCGCCAACCUGAUCCACGAGUCGGAAACGUUGGAAACUCAAAAUGUCGACCUGAAGAAUCAACUACAGGAGCUGAAGAACCAAGAGAGGAUGUUGAUGGACGUACUGUCCUCGCACAGGCCUCAAUGUCAACACAACAUAGGGCCGGCGACAAAAGAGAGCCUUUACAAGCUACCACCUGUAUCCUCAGUGAUGGAGCAGCACUCUUAUAGUAGGCCUUCUUCGGUGAAUCCCCUCUAUAGGAAUCAAAACCCAGAGAUUUAUACACGACCCAACCAAAUCACCGUAUCCAGCCACCAACUGACUUACACCAGAUCGACCUUAAACUUCAGCAAACCGCCCAGCAUAGUCGUGGAGGAAAUGGAGGACUACGACAGUCAGCAGUUCAUCAACCUGGACAGCAUAAACCCUUACUACGCCUCCUCGCCCUGUAAUUAUACCGGGGGGGCGAGUCAGGGUUACGGUAACAGUCAGGGGAUGGAUAACGGGUGUAUGGCGUAGUCGGUACGGAAAUAUUGCACACAAGUCGGCAACUGUUUUUUUUUUUUUGGUUUUAAGUAGAGAGGAGAGAAUUGACAUGCUUAAAGAAUUUCUAGCAUGGUGACUCUCUGUUUUAACCCAGUUUUCUUUCCUCGCUGACAUAUUAAAUAGGGUGAGGGAGUGGUGAUAUUUUUCCAAUCUUCGUGUCUCCUUUGUCAAUUUUACGCUCCAAAGCAACUAGAAAUCCCAAUAUUGAUAUCUUCCUUAAAAAUUCUUUUAUUUUUAAUAUAGUAAGAGCUAAUUUUAGUAUUUUAAGUGUUCAUAUAAAUAUAGAUAUAUCAAGGUUAGAUUUUUAAUGGUAGGUUAGUAUUUAUAGCGUAGGUUUUGAUCCUUAUUAGGGAUAAGGAGUAAGUUUACUUCCAAAUUCUUUUUUACAUUGUAAGUUGCUAUCGCUGGCCUAUUACGUAUUUUAUUUAUUCAUGAAAUUGUAAAAGCAGUUUUCUGACUAUUAAGUGCAAAAAGGACACUCCAGUUUCGUCCCUAAGUGACAUGCAGUUUAAUAUUUAAAAAAAAACGUGGGUUAAAAUGGCCAAUUUUUAACAGACUGUAAAAUACCAAGAUGUUACUACAUUGCAUCUUUCUCGCUACCAACGUCAAGGCAUUCUGUGAUUAGUCCUUGCUACUAUAUUAGUCCAGGAGUACAUGGAAGGUAACGUAUUCGGUAAAAACCACUAUUUGCACUUUUGCUCUUGCACUAUGCCUAAGUUAAAUAAGCUGAAAAACACUUUUUAUAUCAUAGGACCCUGGACUAAAAAUAUAUUGGUACUGUGUUUCUCUCUGCCUCCCAACGUCAAGGCGUUCUGUGAUAAGUUCGUCUUUGUUGGUUGCCAUAUUAGUCCAGGCGUAUAUGAGAGGAAACGUAUUCGUUGGAAACCACUAUUAUUUUACACUUUUACUGUCACAUUAUGCCUAAAUAAGAUAAACUGAAAAACAAUUUUUUUUUAUAUCACAGACCCUCGGGCUAUAAAACAUGUUGGUACUGUGCAUCUCUUUCCCCUCCCAACGUCAAGGCAUUCUGUGAUAAGUUUGUCUUUGGAUAAUUUUGAUAGUCCAGGCGUAUUGUGAAUAAAUGAUUUUAUUUAUCAAUUGAAAAUUAUCAUUUGAACUCUUACGCCCACACUAUAAUUAAAUUAGAAAAAUAAGCUGAAAACACGUUUUUUCAUAUCACAGACCCCUGGACUAUAAAAUAUGUUGAUGUAUGUUUCUCCCUCCCAAUGUCAAG